AUGCCUAGCCCCUUCGAGAAUGACCCGGAAUUUUCCGACCUCGUCCUCCGUUACCAGGGCAAAAAGUUUUACGUCCACAAGUUUAUCCUCUCCUUUGAGUGCACCUGGUUUACUUAUGACCUCAAUGGCGAUUACAAGCAAGAAAUCGAGCUCGAAGACAAGAAUCCUGAAGGGAUCCAUCGCAUGCUAAUGUGGUUGUACAGCGGCACAACCUACCCCGUCGACUUCAGCAGUACUGCGGAAGACAUUCGUGUGUGGAUCGCAACGUGGGUUACUGCCGUCAGAUACGAUCUGGGCGAUCUUAUACAGGCACUAGAAUCUCCACUCGAAGAAUCCAAGCCAAGUGAAGCGGAAGAUCUCCUGCGCUUCGCCAAAAUGGUGUACUCCGCAACCGAUGAUCAGUAUCCUCGCAGGUUCAUUGCAGGCAUUUGCAAGUCAAUGCUUCCGGAACUGAUCUCCUGCGACGGCACCGGCCAAUCAUUCAAGGCGCUGCUCAACGAGUUCGAUGAUCUGUGGAUGGACUUAGCCAAGGCUGAUCAGCAUGAAUGGACUACUGAUGCUUCGGCUUGA